AUGAUUCGAACCGUUCAAAUCCCAGCUCGGACCCCACGCUUAACAAACAGGGUCAUAUGCAUUUAUCAGCGAAUUGGACGCGAUGAUGCCCCCCUGAUCUCUCUACCAUCUGAAAUCCACCACCUUAUAACCGAGCACUUGGACUAUGCAUCAGAAGUGAACGCGCUGGGGCAAACAUGCCGGACCCUGUACGGGCCAGCCUAUCUGCGCCUCUACUCUCAUUUUGCCAGGGAUUUAUCUCCGCGAAGCUUCCGACGCAUCGUCGAAAAUGAGAAUGUGGACGCGCUACGGAGAGUGCUCCCUGUUUUCAUAGAUCUCGGGUGGAACACAGACUUCUUCGAGGAUGAUUACAACGCCGGGAAACUAGAAGCAGCAGGAACACUUGUGGACAUUAUCCAGAUAUUCGUGGAUCUCUAUGGGCCUGGGCAGACUCUUUGUGACAUUGCCAGUGAUCCCGAGUCCGAGAAUGUUGCCCUAACCGCGGAGGACCGAGUUGUUUUUAAGGUCUUGACUGAUGCUGCAAAAUCAACCCGAAUCAGCGACUUAGCCUUGAGUGCCGCAGCAAUAAAAGGAUCUCUAGAUUGCAUCAAGUUUCUACUUGAUUCUGGCUGCAAAGUGGAUGGUAUUGAUUUCGAUCGUCGGACCGCUUUGGUGAAUGCGGCAAAGCAUGGCCACUUGGAGGUAGUAGAGCACCUUCUCGAGGCAGGUGCAAAUCUGAAUGGCCAUGGUGUCCCGCAUCGGGUCUUCCCUGAAACUCGUCUUUUCUAUGCUGCAGCAAACAACCACGAGGCUGUGGUACGGUGCUUGCUUCAGAAGAAUGCCCAUCUGCGCACUGCUGGGGAAAUCAAUGCCCGUGAAGUGGGCUGUCUAGCUGAACAGGGUGGGGAAGCACUUGCUACGCUCAUUUUGGAGCCCAUCGAUUUAAAUACCAAAUUGCUCCAGCUUCCUGCAGAUCAAAUGAGCUACUUUCUCCGCUAUGCAGCCGCCGCUGGAGAUGAAGCUACUAUUGAACGAUUUGGCUGCCCUCCUACUGCAGUCGAGCUUUUCUCAGUAUUGAGGAUUGCCGCACGAUGCGGCCGUGCAAAUAUUGUGAAGACUUUGCUUGAACGGUCUGCGAAUGUCUUUCCGGAAAGGGAAGUCAUACAAGAUGAUUGCCACGAAGCGAUUCAGAUGGCCGCUCAAAACAAUCGACCCUCCGUGGUCACUGUGGUGCUUCAGCAUGCUGAGAAGCAUGCGAUAGACACUGCAGCAAGGGUCGGGCUUCUAGCGGCCGCAACCGCAGGCCACAAAGAACUGUGUCAGAUGCUGGUGGAGAAAGGUGCCCUGAAAAAACCACUCUCGGGUCAAGUGGAUCUGCCCCGAAUUUUAGAAUUCGCUAUCGAGUCGGGUGAUUGUACCCUCGCUGAGCAAAUCCUGGAUGAAGACAAACUUGGUCCCUGGACUAUCUUACCACAGAGGCAGACUGUCUUCGAGUUGGUCGUCUCCAGCAGCACAUUCGACAUGUUCGACUUGAUUCUUAGGCGCGGUGUGACCCUUGAUCCAAGUAAUGGCAUGUGUCGGCAAGUUCUGUCGCGAGCGGCGGUCUCCAGACAGACUGAGAUUAUCUCGCACUUCCUACAAAAUGGAUUUGAUGCCAAUCAUCUCUAUACACUUAACGGUUGGAGUGAAAGAUUGCUCUUUAGAGCUAUCUCAAGUGACACAGUGGACAGAGAAGAACGAGUGUCCGACACACUGCACAGAGAAGAUCAAGUAUUUCCGAUCAUACAGCUUCUCAUUGAUCACGGUGUCAAGGUGGACGCAGUGGGGAUGGCCAAUCGAACUGCCUUGGCGGCUGUUGUGAUGGAAAACCGAAGCAUAAAUAUUGCCCGGGAACUUCUGGAUCGAGGUGCCAAUCCCCUACUGGGCUUCCAGGAUGAUGCGAGUGCUCUACAAUGUGCCAUCAAGAUCCAGAAUCCUGAAAUGGUGGGGCUGUUUUUGGAAACUAUCGGGGCUCAGGGAUACCGAUGUGGUGAUUUGAUUGCCUUCAUUGCGCGCCAUCUAGAUGAAUUCAAGAUGCCCGAUAAGAGAUGGUCAAGGAGCGAGUGGUGGAAUACUUUCUUCGUUCUCAAGGCAUUGAGGUCGUAUUAUUGGCGGGCAAUAAAUUCAGUCUCGAUGGCAUAA